GCGCCCGCGCAGGGAACCCCCGGCCAUGUCCGGCUCCCCGGCAGCGAGCGGGCGGGAGGAGCCUGGCGGGGCGCCGGGGGGCAGCCCGGUGCCGCCGCCCCCGUACGGCGCGGGAGACCCGGAGCCGGAGCUGCGCGGGGCGCUGGACUGUCUGGCCUGCGCCGUCCUGCUGAGCGCGCACAACCUGCUGGCCGCGGCGCUCUGCGCGCUGCUCUGCGCCCUGGUCUGCGCGGCCGCGCUGCUGCCCGCGGGGACCGCGCUAGGGCUGGGCUUCCUCUGCCACUCCAAGUUCCUGCAUGCCCGGGUGGCCCCAUGCGAGGCCCAUCUUCACGACGCUGGUGCCACGGCCCUGCUCGUGCUCGGCUUCACCCUGCUGCUGCCACUCCUGGUGCUGGGCCUGGCCGCCUUCGUCCGGCUGGCCCGGCGGCUCCAGCUGGGCUACUGCCUGCUGCCCUACAGCCUGGCCGUCUACCGGCACCUGCCCGCCAGCCGCUACCACCAGGCGGCUUGGUGCUGCCCCCGGGCCCGUGCGCCCGCCCCGGGGGACAAGGUCUGGGUGUGAGGGGGCCCGGAGAGCCCUGCUGUGACCCCCCACACGGGUGAGAGACACCGGAGGGCACCCGGCUGCCACUCCCCACAGCGAACGAGGAGCACCCCGCAAGAUGCAGCCUGGGAGGACUCCCCCUUGGCGCUGACACCCCAAAGAGACUGGGGGGGGCAGGGGAAUCGCUGCUGGUUUGGGGUGAGCGACACCUCCUCGUUCUGCCACUGGCUACUUUGGGGGGCCAGCGUUUGCACCUGGGGUUUGGGGGAGGGGCUGUCAGGGGCAAUCUAGGGAGGGCUGUGGGUCUGGACUGGGGGGGCUGUUGAUCUCUGGGACUGGACUGGUUUGGGGUGG